GUGUGUGCGUGUGUUUGGCUUUGUCACGGCAGCUUGGUCCCUUUUAAGUGCCAGGACGAGUAAGUGAUAGCGCUGUCAGUCUGGAGGCACACUUUUUUAAACAUCAUAGAUAUUGUUGGGGAUACUCAAAUAUUGAAUAAUCAAAUCCUUACUGUUUUUGCAUAAUGAUAUAUAUGUCUGUAGCCAAGUGCCAAACAAGCUCAUAUCCAUUACAAAAACCAUCCCUAUCAUGGCCACAAAGAGCCAAACUGAUCAAGUCAUGUGAGACGAUGGAGGGUAAAAAACAUUUUCUCAUAGCCCUUCAAACGAAUACCCCACAAUCUGGCAGUACUAAUUUGUAUUCAAAGCAUGCAUUAGCCAGCCCAGUACUCCAAUCAAAUCAGGUAUAGUUAACUCAAUUGUUAAAAUGAUGAGACAAGUCCCUUCUUUUCUUAAUCUGUCUCUUUAAUUUAUUAUUAUUUGGUUACAUGUUUCUUUAUUUAUUAAUCAGUAGCGGUACUAUGCCUAUUCUUUAUUUGCUACUAGUGCUAGCUCACUGGGUAACGGCUGGGAGAAUGAAUGGGUUUUGAAUACUUGAAGCACUGAUGAUCGAUGGUUUUAUGGCGGCUACCAUUCAUCCUAUUUGGUAACUCUUUCAUUUAUGAGCACUUAAUUUACCAAAACAAUGAUUCUUAAGCAUUACUAGUUCGAGUAGUAUCUGGAAAAGCUGAAGAAUCCUACAAUUCUCACGAACUAAGCAUGGUCGUGAACAAAAAAUAAGAAACCAAAUGAUUUGACCCCACCAACCCAAAACUACAAACAACACAUCCAUUACCGCCAUCAAAACAAGAUCACCUUCCCAAAGAAAAUCCCUGUUGAAUCAGUCUGGUACUGUAGAAAGGUUGAACAAGGAUAAGUAGGAGCUGAAAAGAAGGGAAUUCAACAGUGAGGAAUGGUGGGGCUUUUCUUUUGUGAUGAAUAGUGGUGGUGAUGAUGAUGAUGAUGAGACAAGGAAGUAAUUUGGGGGGCUCAAGGUGUCAAGAAUGUGGAAACCAAGCUAAGAAAGACUGUGUUUACAUGAGAUGCAGAACAUGCUGUAACAGUAAAGGAUUUCAGUGUCAAACACAUGUUAAGAGCACUUGGGUUCCCGCUUGUAGACGGCGACAGAGGGCUCAAAAUCUUUUGCCUUGUCAACAACAGCAGCUUCAAGGACACAACCCUAAAAGGCCCAGAGAAAAUCCCUCAACAGGUUUAGAAAUCGAGAAUUUUCCUGCUGAAGUGAACUCAACAGUCACAUUUCGUUGCUUUAGAGUGAGCUCCAUUGAUGAAUCAGUUGAUCAAUUUGCAUAUCAAACGAGUGUUAAUAUAGGAGGCCGUGUUUUCAAGGGAAUUCUCUACGAUCAAGGUCCUCAUGAAAGUCGUUAUUACUUUGGUGAAAGCUCUUCCAGACAACUUCAAGAGCCUAAUCUCCCAAGUGCAGAUGCCCUAACUCCUGGCGCUUUAGCUUCAACUUCGGGUGCUGCAGAAUCUCUUGCACACCCUUCAUAUCCAUUUCCCCUUACUGCUUCCAUGUCCGGUACGCAACUUUUCCUGCACCCAAAAUCUUAGGGCUCAUCAGUCUUGAUUUUUGUAGUUAUCAAAAAGAAGGGAAUUAAAAUGUUAAAAGGAUCCCCAACUUUUUUUGUCAAUCAUAAAUUGGAUUUUCCUCUCUUCUAUAUUACCAUAAAUCGCCACAUAUUCGUGGUUAUGGUUCUUCCUAUGAGUAUCCAUUGAACUAGAAAUGAAUAACUGGAGAUUUUGUUCUUUGUUCAAAUCUUAAUAUAUUUAUAUAUAUAAUUUAAUGUUCAAUUAGUCUCAAAUAUUUUAAAUGUGGCAUGCUCCUGCAGACUGAUUUUUCAGUUUGUCUUCUUAUUGAUUUCCUUGUUGCUUUAUUAUCUUCUGAGCCCAUGUUUAAUGUUUCUUCGAUCUCCCAAAAUUGUUGGUUAUGAACUUCGAAGCUACCUUUUCCAGUUUAUCCGUUUCUUUGCCGGCCUUAAGCUGGACUGUAUCUGCUUCUUUGUGUGUUUAGAGAGAAGCUACGAAGAUUUUAGUAAUUAAGAUAGCUUUUACAGGUUUAUAUAUUAAGAUAGCUUUUACAGGUUUAUAUAUUAUAGUUGUUUCACCAAUGCAUGGGCAUCAAAGCCAAAAUAUUCAGCUUGUCAUCAGCUUGGAACGUCUGCAAGAAAAAGGAAACACAGUAAUGCUUUUCAUCAGCUUUUAUUGAUUUUUUUUUCUUGAAUAGGAAUUAGAAUUACUAACCGCAGAAAGAAGGAAAAUGCUUAAUAUUACGUUGACAUGCAUAGUCAUCAUGUCUUGUCGUUGAUUCAUGUGUCUGAUCUUAACAGGAUAUUGUCUUUGUAUGUCACGGUAAUAUAGAUCUUGAGUGAAAAAUGCACUUCUAGUUUAGUACUCAUUGCAUUCUUUUGUUCUCUGGGAGGGGGAGGGGGGAAUCAGAAUCACACACUCUCACCACAAAGCAUAAGCUAAACCCUAAAGUUGGAUACUUAAUGGUUUAAACCAGAAAAAAAGAAGGAGAGAGAUUUGGUAGGCAUCUUUGUGAGAUUUUGGAGAUGAUGACUUCAUCUGAAAGCGCUACAUAAACCUCUUGCUUAGGUAGGUUUUCUAAUGUUAGCUGAAGAGACAAACAUACUAAUUAAUAAACAAUGGGAAAAGAUUGAUACUCUCAGUGACACAGCCACUCGAAUAUAUCCCUUGUACUUGGAAAUGGAACCAUGGUACAAGAGUCGUUGUGGAAUGGCUAGGCAUUGAGUGAAGAUGCUGCGCCUAACUCAGAAUUGAAAUUUUUAAGUGGAUUCUCAUUCAGAAAGGUAGAAAAGAAAGUUUUAAAGAUCCUUUGCUUGUAAAGAUCAAAUGACUUCUCGUGGAAGAUAGACAACAAUUUGGAUGGGACAAAAGACACAAGAGUGGUUCAACCAAUGAUGUUUUUAUGUGAAUAGAUUAUGAGUGCGUUUAUUAGUUUUAUAAUGGUUGUUUUCUAGGUUGUUUUUUCUUUGGAAACUAUUAAAAUAAUAUUUAUUUAUUUUUAAAAUUUUAUUUUUUACAUUAAUACAUCAAAACGAUUCAAAAAUAUUAAGAAAAUUAAUUAAAUUUUAAUAAAAAAAACAUAUUAAAAUUCACUCCCAUACAUCAACCUUUACCCACAGCAUGACCUGCAUGCCUUGAGAAACCUCACAAGCAUCCCCUAUGAGAAUGUAGUUCUUUAGCCUUUUUUUUUCUUCUCAAAUAAGAAAAAUCCUAUUCAUGAUGUUCACCUAGAAGAUUUAUGCACCGAUCCUUUACUUUAUUAAUUAAAUAGAAGAUGGGACUUCUAUUUUAUUACUAGUUUGGUAGUGCAAAGAUGUAAAGUACUUUUUUUGUUUUGUUAGGCAUCAUUUUGUGAUGGUAAUGUGUCUCUGGGGGCAGGAGGCUGUUUCCUGCUGUCUCAAACUGCUCUGAAAUUCUUUUCUUUUUCUUAGAGGCAAAUCAAAUCUCAUCAAAAAACGAGACCCUGUGCAUGACAAGAGCUCAGAACUAGAACACCAUCAUCUAUAUUCUAGUAGAGACAAAGCUAGGGAGCCUCAUUUAUGAGCUAGCUAGCUAGACUGUUAAGAGUUUCGAUGCUUGAACUUGCAUCAUUCUGGUAAUUGUUAAUUUUCCCUCAAGACAGUACUAUACUCAAAUUAUUGGUGAAGAUCGCCAUUGGAUGCAAGGAGAACAAGCAUGAGAGCACUUGUAUUGUUCAUGAUACUAGAUAUUAAUUAGGUCAUUGCAAAACUAUAAUUAUAUGUAAUAAAUAAGAAAGAGAGGAGAAAUUAGGGAUGUUUUGAUGCUUCGGCUUAAAUGCUAUACAAUCUUUCUGAUGAUAAGCAUGAAUGCAUGCGGUUGAUAAGCAUGAAUUACCAAGAUCAUGCAUGAUUGUCUUCUAUAGCUAUGAUUAAUUAACAGCAAAUCAACUAGUGCUAGAAGCAUAAAAUUAAUCAAAACAAAAUUAAAUACUGUUUUAUUUAUAUUCUUAAGCAUCACAGGAAACCCCUCAUAUGUUUUUUUUUUUUAGAUAUAUGAAUCCAACUAUAUGUGAUUAUUUAUUUGGAUAAAAGUCUAGAUGCUCAUUCCGGGCUAUUAUAUGCCUAUAUGUUCCUAAGCUGCAUAAAUUAACGGGUGCUAUUCGAUGCCUAUGCUUAUCAAAUUCAAUAUAUAUAUAUUAUUUUAGAACUCAAUCCUUCACUCAAUGUCAGCAUUUUAUUACCCUAUACAGCAACUUUUAGUACUAUAUAUAUAUAUAAAAUACUUUUAGUACUAUACCCGAGCAGUUAGCUGGUGUGCGUAUAUAUUAAAUGGAGAGCCAAAAUGUCUCCUGCAUGAAAAGAUGGUGUUUUUCUAUUAUUUCUACGUAACUACAUGUAUUAUUGCAGCCAUGGCAUAAUAGACAAGAGAGGUAAGCGGUAGAUUUCAAUCUUUCUUUGCGGAUGAAGUUGCAGGAUCACUGAAUAACUAGAAUGCUUGCAAAACUUGUAAAAAAAAACACGAUUGAAAUUCACAGAUUAAACUGUAUUGCGAUUUAUAUAUUAUUAUUUUUCUGGUUCUUGUAUUUCGAAGAUCAUUCAGGUUCUUAAUUACUGGCCAUGGUAAAGAUGGCUUACAUCUGGAUGUAAAUUUGAAUGUAACGUAUAGUACUGUACAUUUCAUGGCA